AUGGUUGUUCUGAAUCCAGUGACUCUUGGAAUUUGCCUUCAGCUUUUCUUCCGCUUCCUCUCAUCUCAGCCUACUUUCAUCAACAGCGUUCUUCCAAUUUCUGCAGCCCUUCCUGGCCAGGAUCAGAAGAAGCGGAGCAGCCCCAAAGCCUGCUGCCUUCUGACGCCCCCACCACCCCCCUUGUUCCCACCACCAUUCUUCAGAGAGGGCCGCAAUCUGCUUCUCUCCCCAGACCUGAAGAACCUCAUCCUGAAACUUGAGAGUACACAGAGCCCAUGUGUGCAUGGAUCGCUCAGCUCCCCUGGACCCCCUGGCCCCCAGGGUCCACCUGGCCUUCCUGGCAAGACAGGACUAAAAGGAGAAAAGGGGGAGCUCGGCCGGCCCGGGAGGAAGGGGAGACCUGGCCUCCCGGGUGUUCCUGGUGAACGUGGGCCUGUGGGCGGGCCUGGCCCUGAAGGACCCAGGGGUGAAAAGGGUGACCCGGGCAGGAUGGGCUUGCCAGGCUCCAGAGGACCAGUGGGCUCCAAGGGCUACCCUGGAUCCAGAGGGGAAAAGGGAUCCAGAGGUGAAAGGGGAGAGCCAGGUCCCAAAGGAGAAAAGGGCUUCCCUGGAGCUCCUGGCAUGCUGGGGCAGAAAGGGGAAAUGGGCCCAAAGGGGGAGUCUGGAAUAGCAGGACACCGAGGGCCCACCGGAAGACCAGGAAAACGAGGCAAGCAAGGUCAGAAGGGAGACAGUGGAGUCAUGGGCCCUCCAGGCAAGCCUGGACCUUCUGGUCUACCUGGACGACCAGGACCUCCAGGCUCCCCAGGCUCUCCAUCGGCAGGACAUCUUGUCAUGGGACCCAAAGGAGAAAGAGGACUUCCGGGACCUCCAGGAAGAUGCCUGUGUGGGAACCCCCGGAAUGUGAAUAAUCCCUCCCAUGGGGACUCUGUGUCUGGGCCCAGCUCCCCUCAAGUUCCUGUGAUCUUUGUGGUCAAUGACCAGGAGGAGCUGGAGAGACUCAAUACCCAGAAUGCCAUCGCCUUUCGCAGAGACCAGAGAUCUCUGUACUUCAAGGACAGUUUUGGCUGGCUCCCCAUCCAGCUGACCCCAUUCUACCCUGGGGGCUAUCCUGUUGCCCGCCGCAGCACCUGUGGGGAUGGGGUCAUCCAGCCUGGGGAGGAAUGUGAUGACGGGAACGACGAUGCCAAUGACAGCUGCAUCAGUUGUCACCGGGCCUACUGUGGAGAUGGUCACCGACACAGGGGCGUGGAGGACUGUGACGGCUCUGAUUUUGGCUACCUGACAUGUGAGACAUACCUGCCUGGGUCCUAUGGAGACUUGCAGUGCACCCCAUACUGCUCCAUCGACUCCACACCUUGCCGCUACUUCACGUGA